AUGUUGUCCUACUUACAACCACAACUAGCAUCUGAAUCGAUGCUUGCCAUAUGUUCAACAUCUUCAGAGGAAGGAAACAAAUCAACAUAUCCUAAUGAAGAAGAUACUGACGGAUUUUUUAAUCCAGCAUCUACAGGAAUAAUUACAACAUCGUCAUCUUCACGUAUACCAUAUUCUCAUUCACAUCAUCAUCAUCGAUCACCAGUAUCAUUUGUUUAUGGACAUACACCAACACCAGCAUAUGGAUUUGGUUUUGGUUUUUAUGACGAUAUGUCUCCGUUUGCUGAUACUACUCGAUCACCAUAUACGUUUAUUCAUACAACAAAACGUGCUGAUCCAAAUAUAGAUAUUAAACUCGAAAAUAUGGAUUUAUGGAAACGUUUUGCUGCACUUAAUUUAGAAAUGAUUAUUACGAAAAAUGGAAGGUAAGCAUAUAAGUUUUCUACUUCU